GAUACGCCCAUUAGGCUUCCCCUUACUUUACAUUUCCGCAAAGUUUUGGAGUUGUGACAGGCUUCCCUCAAUCAGGUUUAUUAAAGUUUUGUUUAUAGACAUUUAUAAGCUAAAAGAAAAGAUGAGUGAAAUUAAGCCCAAUGAUAAAGGGUCGAGUGAAGAGAGCGCCGAGGAACAAGACUGGGCAGCGGCUAAAGCUGCUUUCGACAACCUCAAAUCUAACAAACCCAGACCUCCCAAACCCAAGAAUGCAGUCACCAUCGCCGUCUCCUCUCGCACUCUCUUCAACAUGAAGGCCGAGAGGAAGAUCUUUGAGGAAGAGGGCUUAGAGAAGUAUGUCGCUUUCCAGCAGGAACAUGAAAACGAGCCCCUAAAACCAGGACCUGCUUUUCCCUUCGUCAAGGCGCUGAUGAACGUCAACACUCGACUGAGGGAGCUCUACCCAGACAGCGAGGAGCUGUUUGAUAUUGUCUUAAUGACCAACAACCAUGCCCAAGUGGGAGUGCGCCUCAUUAACAGCAUUAAUCACUAUGAUUUGACCAUAGAAAGAUUCUGCAUGACAGGAGGGAAGAGUCCUAUUGGUUACCUGAAGGCCUACCUGACAAAUCUUUACCUCUCCAAAAGUGCACACAAAGUCAUACAGGCCAUAGAUGAAGGAAUUGCUGCUGCCACAAUGUUCACGCCGGACACAGAGCUGGAGCUAAGCGACACUCAGUUGAGAGUGGCGUUUGAUGGUGACGCUGUCCUCUUCUCCGACGAGUCAGAGAUCAUCGUGAAGCAGCAUGGCCUGGACACUUUCUUUGAGCAUGAGAAACAUUUUGAGAACAAACCUCUCGCUCAGGGACCAUUAAAGUGUUUCCUGGAGGCCCUGGGAAAGCUCCAGAGAAAAUUCUAUGCCAAGAACGAGCGUUUGAACUGCCCCAUCCGAACCUUCCUGGUCACGGCCCGCAGCGCUGCCAGCUCCGGAGCUCGCGUCUUGAAGACCCUCCGCAGCUGGGGCCUGGAGAUCGACGAGGCUCUCUUCCUGGCGGGGGCUCCUAAAGGGCCCCUGCUUCAGAAGAUCAGGCCGCACAUCUUCUUUGACGACCAGAUGUUCCACAUUGAAGGGGCCAUGGAACUGGGAACCAUAUCCGCACACGUCCCCUAUGGAAUCGGACAAAAGUACCAUAAGGGCAAACUCAUCGAGCAGCCUGAAAAAAAGGAAUAACCUAAGAAUGGUUAAAAAAAUAAUAUUACAUUCGCACUACUUUUGCUCCAAAUUAAAUAUUUAUAUUCAUAAAAAAAUGUCCAUUAAAGGAAUCGUAAUUUUUAAAGGAUUAUGCUCAUGAAUUGGCAAUAAGUAUUUUCCUCAUGAGAGGGUAUAACUGCUGAACAGGAGAAUGUAUUUUCACACCAGGGUUACACUAGGUGCUUUACUUUCACUUACUGCUGUCGAGGAAAAGCAACCUUUUGGUCGGUUUUAAUGUAUGUGCUUACCACUUGAAAGAUCUGCAGAAUAAGUUUUAUGCUGUUUUUUUUUUUAUUAUGUUCAUAAAAAAAAAGUUAUCCCUUUUAUCUGUGAGGUUUUUGGCAAAUAUAUAUAUAAAUAUAUACAUAUAUAAGUACUGGUACAGAUCACCAAUUCCAUUAUUUUUGGUAUUUGGCAAAAUCCUCACCCAUUUCAUAUUUUAAAAGGGAUUUUAGGAGGUAGAAUAACUUCAGCUUACAAGGAGCACUGAUGCUGUUUCUGUGUGUUACUGUACUCAUUUAUUUUUGUAGUGCCACAAAACUUGAUCUUGUUCUUUAGGCUGUUUACGCUGUGUCUGUGUGUCAGCCAACAAGCUCUAAUUAGACUUUAUAGGUGGACUGACUACAUCUACGUAUGCAUCUGUAUAUGUUUGCAGAUAUUUAUGAAAUUUAUAUUUUAUAAAUAUGUACCUUAAUGGCCUGCAUAACUAAAUGUCAGGAAGACGUUGCACAGAUACACUCACAUGUUUUUAUAUGCUGGUAUAUUCAAUCUUUUUCAUUUUUGUACUCACAUUGUGGUAACACAAUGAUAGCUUGUCUACACCAUUUGACUCUUCUACCAGCGAGUAGUUGGAUAAAUAAAGGAAUGCGAUGAAACCCCA